AUGAGCUUAGAAGAAGGGGCUGCUGAAGUCUCUGAAGAUGAUGCUGAAGUCUCUGAAGAAGAGGCUGCUGAAGAAGAGGCUGCUGAAGUCUCUGAAGAUGAGGCUCCUGAAGAAGAAGAAGAAGAGGCUGCUGAAGAAGAAGCAGAAGAAGCUGCCAAAGUUACUAAAGAAGAGGCUGCUGAAGUCUCUGAAGAUAAGGCUACUAAAGUCUCUAAAGAAGAGGCUGCUGAAGUCUCUGAAGAAGAGGCUGCCGAAGUCUCUGAAGAUAAGGCUGAAGUCUCUGAAGAAGAGGCUGCUGAAGAUAAGGCUACUGAAGUCUCUGAAGAUGAGGCUGCUGAAGAAGAAGA